CAUCAAGAUCGUCAGAAAGCUUCAAAUAGAUCCAUCCAGAGAGCACACAAGAAGCCUCCGGUCCCACGGUUUAGCAUUAUCAAUCGGUGCAACGGAAAACAAGUGUGUACCUAGUAUUUUUUUUUCGCUACUACGUUCUUAUCACUAACUUUUUUUUUUCUUGACUGCCGUCGCGCGAGGAACAGAAAGCAGUUUUAUAAAAGCGGUCAGCUGGCACCGAACGGAUCUCAUUUACUUGACUGUCCCCGUCUGGAAGUGGUGUGGUGAAGUGAUUUAAAAGUGAAGAGCUCUACACAAUACGUGAAGCAAGGAAGCAAUAGUAGAAGUUUCUACUCCGGUCUACACAAAGGGGUGCUUGUUAGAUUUUCUGGAAGUUGUUGGAAGCUGUGAAACUAGUUUGGGGAAUUGAUACAUCCGCCAGAAUGGAACACGUCAAUGGAAGCACAGAGAAAGAAGUCCGAGUCUGGGGCGAUGGAUGCUACGACAUGGUGCACUUUGGACAUGCAAAUUCGCUUCGCCAGGCAAAAGCUCUCGGACACAAACUAAUCGUUGGAAUCCAUAACGAUGCAGAUAUCACCAAAAACAAAGGUCCACCGGUAUUUACCCAAGAGGAAAGAUACAAGAUGGUCCGAGGAAUCAAAUGGGUGGACGAAGUUGUGGAAGAUGCUCCCUACGUGACAACGCUGGAAACCCUAGACAAACACAACUGUGAUUUUUGUGUGCACGGAGAUGAUAUUACGCUCACAGCCGAAGGCGUUGAUACAUACCACUUAGUGAAAAAGGCUAACCGCUACAAGGAAGUUUCGCGAACCGCCGGUGUCUCGACUACGGACCUCGUCGGCCGGAUGCUGCUGAUGACGCGGAACCAUUUCAAACAAGGCUCGUCCAAGCUCGGACAGGACCACUCGGCGCGUAGUCCUUGGACCGGGUGCUCCCAGUUCCUACCGACAACCCAGAAGAUCAUCCAGUUCAGCGAUGGCAAACCGCCAAAACCGACGGACAAGAUUGUCUACGUUGCCGGUGCAUUCGAUCUGUUCCACGUUGGGCAUUUGGACUUUUUGGAAAAGGCUAAGACCUACGGCGACUAUCUGAUUGUCGGAUUACAUACGGAUCCGGUGGUCAAUGAGUACAAAGGUGGCAACUACCCGAUCAUGAAUCUGCACGAGCGGGUACUGAGCGUGCUGGCGUGCAAAUACGUCAACGAGGUUGUCAUCGGAGCACCGUACUCGGUGACGAAGGAUCUGAUGGAACAUUUCAGCGUAGAUGUGGUAUGUCAUGGACAGACGCCGAUCGCAACCGAUGUUGGAAACAUCGAUCCGUAUGCCGUGCCGAAACAGAUGGGCAAGUUUAUGCUGAUUGAUUCGGGCAACACUAUUACUACGGAAGACAUUGUCGAACGAAUCAUUCGUCAUCGGCUUGAAUAUGAGGCUAGGAAUACCAAAAAGGAGAAGAAAGAAAUCGAAGUGUACGAAGCCAUGCAGCGGGUAAAACUGGCGGAGAAAAGCGGUUGACCGGAUUAGUUUUGCAACCACGUUGCAGCAACAACAGCAGCAGCAGCUUCCAUAGGCAAAUUAAUGGUGUUUUCAAAAUUUUCCGUUGCAUCCGGCAAAUCACUAAUUUUAUAGUUGAGUCCAGCGUAGAACAAAUCAAAAUCAAACACAACAGAGCCCCGUUUCCUCGUUGGCUUCGCUUUGCAGAGCUAGUCGAUAUUUCGAUUCUGGUUCUUACAUUUGGUACCUUUUUUGCUAUUAAGAAAAUGUUAUCAAAAGACGCAAACAAUGUCAGUCGAAGUGCAGGUGAUGUACCGGGAAACAAAGCAAGCAUCACAAGCUAGAAGCAGGGCUAAACGUAUUUUAGUAAUUGUAAUAUUUAGUUCAAUUGUAUGUUAUUUGUUAGAUUUAUUUGCAGUUGUGGUUCCAUGUUUAUAAUUUUUAAAAGAUGAUUAUUUUUGCAACAUGUUUAUACCUAAAAUGAUUUUUUAAAACAAGUCUUUUCUUAGACACAAUUGUGUUGUACAUUUUUUUUCCAUUACCUUAGUGUAUGCAACAGUACAAGAUUUAUUUUUUAUGAUCAAUAUAAGAAUCUCAAACCAGCAGACGUUUAUCACAAGAUGUGUAAAAUCAGCGUACUUUAAUAAUAAAAUGCAGCUGGUUUGCUAGAAAAAGAAAGGCCAGGAGUUGUAAAUUUACGUAGUAGAUUAACUUGUUUUCGUUUUCGGCGGAAGUGAGUGCGGGUACUUUGAUUUUUAAAAGAUAGCGCUUAGCCUUCAAAAGACGAGAAACUGAUGAAUGUACAAGUUGUGCGCCCAGUUAAUAGUUAAGUUAGAUUGUGUCUGAUGUUCAGAAUCCGAGGGAAUCAGUUAGCUUUUUGUAUGCAAGUAGCGUAACAGCAGCAAAGUAGUUUUCGCCCCUCACAGUUAACGUGUACCGAACGAAGGUGUAAAACUAAUCCCCGCGAAAAGAAUGUGUGAUAAGGGAUUUCCCGAGGGAAAAUUUUUGAACCCAAAACCGUGAAUAGUAGGGACUGAAAGAAUGGGCAUCGUCGUCCUAAAAUUAAACUUAAAUCAAAUAUGAGGAGCAUUCUUUCUUCUUCUCUUUAAAAUGUAUCGUUCAAGUUGUCUAGCCGAGCAUUAGAUGAAACUGACGUCUUAUCUUUAAUCACCUAUACUACUUAACUUUUGUGUUGAUAAUCGACAAUUUAUAACGUUCCCUUAACAGAACCUUUAAUAAAUCACCUUGAUGCUUCAAUGAA